ACCCUUGUUUUUGCAGAGCUGCAUCACUGUCAGGAAGGCCUGGCUCGCAGGAGGAAAGACCUGAUGGAGCUUCUGGAGGUUGAGCUCCGUUGCCAUGAUAAGCGCCACUCAGUUGUUAUGCUUCCGGUGUAUCUGAGGUAGCCGACCAAAGUCACAUGCACGCUCGUCGCUUGCUAAGGGAUUCUAUCCAGACCAAGCUCGCAGUUUAGGUUUCGGUUCUCGAGUUUCGGCCAAUAUGCUGGUCAGGACGUACCAACGGAAGCGCAGAGGGGUACCGAGCGGUUCGGAUGACUCCUUCGCCGAUUCAGCGUCGCAGGAUUCGCAAACGUUUUUCUCGUCCCAGUCGCAGGAUUUCCAAGCAAACGGCCUUACAUCGUCGCAGAAUUCAGAUUGGUCGCUGGUCGGCAGCGAUGAUCCCGAGGCCAUGCUGCACCGUCCAGGUUCUUCCCACCGCAACGCCAACCCUCCUGGUGGACUCUUUUCACCGGAUUCCGAGCCUCUCCAUCACGCCUGUUCCGAACCUGAUGCUAUUUGCGGGUUUCUUUCCCAACCGACUCGUUCCAGCCUCCCACCCCCCGGCCCCUCGCGCACUAGAGCCGAAAACAACCGAGCAGAACCGCGCCGACGAUCAGCUGCGAGCUGGAGAAGCCACGUGGACGGUGGAGAUGGAUCCAGCUUCCUGAACCACGUCAGGAUGAAGAAGGGCGGCAAACGGACCCAGAGCCAGGGGAGGAAGCAAGGCAGGGGCGUCAAGACAAAGGGUGAAUCACAAGAGGCGGAGGUGGAACCCCUAGAACGGCGCAGGUGUGGCAAUGGGAGGCGUGAGCACGAGAGCCAGCACGAGAGUGAUGCGGAGGAGGAGGAACUGAGGGAGCUAGCAGCGCUCUUCAAGUCCCCUGUCCACCGCAACACGUUCUCCACACAGAAACAGAGCACCGCAUUCAUGCCUCCUGCUGGAAUGGCAGCCACUGCAGCCAUAGCAGCGGCCACAGCAGCAGCAGCAGCAGCAGCAGCAACAGCGACGGCGGCGGCCGCUACUGCUGCUGCUGUCCCAGCAACAUCACCAUUUGCCUCCAGGGAAACCCUAAUGGAAUCACAGGAGCUGUACUCCCAAGACUCAUAUUCCCAGGAGGCCGGUUACCAGGAGGACCGUUUCCAGGGCCCUCGCAGCACGACCCUGAUGGAGGCGCAGGAGUCCGGCGAGAUGAUGGCGAGCCUGGAUGAGGCCAUGUUCGCGCUAGACGGGCUCAAGCUGCGGCAGCCAAUUAGGGUGCAGCGCUCGGCCGCCACGUCACUGGCGUCCAUCUGCUCUGCUGUGGACCGCCGCCGCCUGCUACGCUCGCAGGGGCUAGUAAAGCAGAUCAUGAACGCUCUUCUGCUGCUCCCACUAGCGGAUCGCCCCCUCGCACUCGCUGCAGCAGCUAUCUUCUUCUUCAUCGCCUCUGAUGACGCUGAGAGUGACUUCCCAGACCCCUCCCACGCGCUCAGCUUCCUCCUCGCUCUCCUCAAGCACCACAGCGCCCCUCCAUCUCCUCAUGCCGCCUCAGACAACCCCUCAACUGCCUCUGCUACUCGUAGCCUCCCUGUGUCAACCCAGGCAAUCUUAUCACGGAGAGACUGCCCUCUCAAGGGGGCGGAAGGGCGAGAGGCAGAAGCAGCAGCAGCGGCAGAGUUGAAGGAGGAGGAGGGGGAGGACGAGGAGCAGGUGGGAGAGAAGGGGUGUGGUGCUGCUUGUGCUGCUGGUGCUGCUGCUGGUGUUGGUGGUGCUUCAGAUGUGACAGUUGUCGCGCUGGUGCUGGCCACGUUGAAGAGGAUUUGCGCGUCUGUGAUUGCCCUCCAAGCAGCCGGCCUGCCAGACGACAGCAGCCUUCCCUUCUCUGCCGGGGCCGGGCGGUCGCAGCUCAUGCGCUUCGGGCUCAAGGACGAAAUGCGCCGCCUGGGAGGGCUGCACCUCGUGGCGGCCUUAGCUGGCAGCCACAUGGUUCAGUUGGCAAAGUAUACACACGAGCCGUAUGCAGACAGGCUGGAAGGAACGGGAGCAGGGAGAAGCAGAAGCGGAUUGAAGGUGCUGAGCGAGGAGAACCCGUCUGGGCACAAGAGGCGCCCCUUGCAGCAGCGCAAACAGGCAGCUACUAGCACCGACGGGGCGGCUGUUGAUGGCAUGGCGCAGGGCACAGCCUGCAGUGGAGCCAGCAGCGUUGAUGUGGCGACGAGCUGUCUUGGGGUGUUGGAGCAUGUGACGUUCAUGAGCCGCGAUAACCAGGACUAUCUCAUCCGCCUCUCUUUGCCCGAUGAGUCCCUGACUGGAGCGAAGAGGAGAAAGCUGUCUGCCGGUCACAGCACCUCUCCUGCCAUGCCGCUCAUUGCCACAGCAGCCUCAUGCGGGGCUGUGGGUGAGGGGGGCAGGGACUGUGGCAAUGGCGACGCAAGAAAUUGUUGCGAGAGCAGCGGUGGAAGGUCGUUUCUUGCCCUCCUGUUGGAGUGCCUCCAAGGGCUCUCAGGUGGUGGGAGCGCUCAGAGCUCUCGAGCCGCGGAGAACAUUGGCGCGUCAGGAGAAGACUCCGAAGGGGAAAAGAGAGGGGGGCUGGGAGGUGGCGAUGGGCGCAUGGUGAUGCUGGGCGACGCUGUGCGUUUAGACCUGGAGGAUGGGGUGGAGAGCGGGGAGGAGAGUGGAAAGGAGGAGGGGGGUGGCAGAGGACAAGGAGGGAGGAGAGCGUGUGGGUUGGCUGCAAGAGGGAGGUCUAGCGGCGUGGAAGCUAUGAGAGAGCCGGGUGAGGAGGGAAACGACGCCCUAGGCAGUGGUGUGAACCAGCGAGGUUAUGGUGGGGUGACAAGGAAGGGGAAGGGUGACUGUGCCGUGUCAGUAGGGCGAGGGGGAGGAGAGAUGGCAGAUAAGGGGCGAGGGGGCGUGAAGGCAGGUACAAAGACGAGGGAAACAGCAGACCCGUUCUCGUUUGACCCGUGGGAAGAGGAGAGCGGAGGGAGGAACGCAGGGAGGGCGGGUGCAGGGAGGGCGGGUGCAGGGAGGGCGGGUGCAGGGAGGAGAACAGCAGGGGAUAGGGGACAGCGGGGACAGGCGUCUCGAAGAUUGGUAAUGCUGGGUGAGGAUGUGGCGGAGGAGGAGGGACGACGCUUGGGACAUGGCAAGGCUGGCGCUUGUUCUCGGAACGCUGGCGCCAUUGUGCUGCUGGGUGAGGAUGCUGGGGAGGAGGAGGAGGAGGAAGAUGAAGUGUUGCGAGAUUUCAAGGCUUGUACCGGUGCUGCCGCUGUUGUUCUGGGAGAGGAUGUGGGGGAGGCAGAGGAGGAGGAGGAGGAGGAGGAGGAGGAGGAGGAGGAGGAGGUGGAGGAGGAGGAGGCGUUGAGAAUUUGUAAGGCGUGUGACGGCGCUGGCCCUGUUGUACUGGGAGAUGCAGUGGGGGAGGAGGAGCAGGAAGGCUGUGGUGUGGGUGAGAAGGAGAGAGAGUGUGGGGCGAGAGCAGAGAGAGAGCAGGGCCGGGGAGGGAAGGGGCGAAGCGAAAAGGUGGAGGAGGAUCCGUACGAGUUUCUGAUGGACUCGCAGGUGGAAGAGGAGCUGCUGGUGGGGGAGGACUGGGGGGGGCUUGCGGGAGGGGAGGGAUGUGGGGAGAUGUUAAGGAAUGGCUUGUGUGGGUCAGGCGUUAGGCUGGGAGAGGACGUGGGGGGAGAGGGUAGUGGGAGUGAGGGUGAGUGCAGGGAGCAGUGCAGGCUGAGAUGCGGGGGGGUGCAUGAUGGGAGGUUGCAUAAUGGAAGGCUACGAAAUGGGAAGAGCAAGGAGCAGCUGAAGCACAAGGAGAGCCGAAACAGUUCCUUUACUGCGAGUGGUUGUAACAAGCGUGAUAACACUGGGGGAGACGGUGCUGGUGAUGGCGAUGGCAGGCUGUCAGUGCGGUCAAAGCAGGGCCGCCGGUUCGUCCUGGCAGCAUGCAAGGUGCUCAUGAACCUCACCAACCACAGUGCGGAGGGGUGCAGAGCGGUGGCAGGGGCGGAUGGCAUCGCGGUGGUAGCCUCCCUCGCUGCUGCCUGCUGCUCGGACCAGUGCUGGCAGCAGGCUUUGACUGCUGGGUCUCUGGGUGAAUCUGGUAGCGAGCAGCAGCAGCAGCAGCAGCAGCAGCAGCAGCAGCAGCAGCAGCAGCAGCAGCAGCAGCAGCAGCAGAAGGCAACAACCGUGGAAGCAACUUCAGAGUUGAUUCAAGGGUCAACUUUUGGUGAUGGUUCGGCGGCUGAAGCUGGAAAUGGUGACAGGUGGAACGGAAGAGCGGAGCGCAAUGGGAGUGACUCGCCAGCUGCUUUUGGUGUGAGGUGCAAGGAGGGUGGAAGAGAGGGGAGAGGGGGGGGAGGUGAGGCGGAAAUGGAUGACAAGUCUGGAAGGGAUGGUCAGGGGGGAGGGAGGCGAUGGGAGGGCGAUGCUGACGUGCUCGUGGUGCUACUGGGGCUCAUAGUCAACCUGGUGGAGGCUGAUCACACCAGAUCGCUUCUGGCAGAAGUCACGUGCACGAGGCCUACGCAAGGGUGGCAGAAAUCCAAGCAGCACAAGCCCCAUGAACCCAGCACCCGACAACUGAAGCACCAUCAGCAGAGGGCGGCAAAGCCAGGGGAGAGAGUGCCAAUGGUGUCGCUUCUGUGUGCCAUCUUCGCUUCACGGCAAAACGCUCACGUUUUGCGAAAUGACGGCAAGAAAGAACAAGAGUUCGACAACAAGUGUCGGAUCUCUGAGCCCUCUAGCCACAGGGGCUUGGGCAGUGGCGUGGGAGAGGCAGAGGCGAUUGCUGGGGAGGGGGGCGCAGGGGAGCGUGGUAAGGGGAGGAAUGGAGGGGAACGCGCCGGAAUGACGAGGGGGAGUGCGGGUGGGGAGGAGAUGGGGAUGGCGGAGGAGAGGCGCCGGGUGGAGAGAGAAGUGGAGGAGCUUCAGAGGAGUGUGAUGGGGGAGGGGGAGGUGAUGGGUAGGGCGGAGAUGAUACAGGGAGGUUUGAAGGGGGGAUUGUUGGGUGAAGGGGAGAGAGGGGGGAAGGAGGUGGGGGAGGGCGAGAUGCUGGUGUCAAUGAUGGUGGAGGGGACGGUGGAGGCAGAGCAGAUGAUUAUGGAGUCGCAUGCUGCUCUGCUGCUGGGGCUACUGGCACAGCACAGCGAGUCUGCCUGCCAGUCCAUCUGCCGCCAGCUGCCCGGCUCCUCCCUGCAGCCGCUGGCGCCAGUCCUGCAGCAAUUCAUGGCGUUUCAUGACAGUGUGGGGGCGCUCACUAGCGAGUCACGGCAGUUGCUGCACCAAGUCAUUGUCCUCUGUGCCUCUCAUGGGCGGCAGCAGCAGCAGGGUGAGCUGUAGCAACAGCAGGGAGAGCUGUAGCAGGGUGGGCAGCAGUAACAAUGUGGGCGUGACACCACGACAGUGCUUUCCAAUCAGUCACCACAGGUUGGGCUGACGACGGGUUGGGCGGCAGAAGCGGUGUGGACUGGGUUAAUAUGCGCGGCAGAAGCAGUGGACUGUAGUAGUACGGGUGGCAAAAGCAGUGUGGGCGUGACAGUGUGUACAACAGCAGACUAGUCUGUAGCCGCAGGAAUUAAUGGUGGGGCUGACAACAGUUUGGGCGGCAGAAGCAGUGAGGUGGACAUUUGGAUGGGCAGGUGGGAAGCAGCAUGGUGGGUUCAGCAGCAAGGUGGGGUCAGCAGCAUAACAUGAUAUAAGGGGAACAUUAGCACUGACAGCAGCACGGACCAGCAGCAGAGCAUUGCCACAGGGCAGAGCAACACAUGGGAAUGGAGCAGCUGAGCAUUGCCACAGGGCAGAGCAACACAUGGGAAUGGAGCAGCUGAGCAUUGCCACAGGGCAGAGCAACACAUGGGAAUGGAGCAGCUGAGCAUUGCCACAGGGCAGAGCAACACAUGGGAAUGGAGCAGCUGAGCAUUGCCACAGGGCAGAGCAACACAUGGGAAUGGAGCAGCUGAGCAUUGCCACAGGGCAGAGCAACACAUGGGAAUGGAGCAGCUGAGCAUUGCCACAGGGCAGAGCAACACAUGGGAAUGGAGCAGCUGAGCAUUGCCGUGGGGAAAGCAGGUGGGGAAGGAAGGCAGCAAAACACACAGCGCAACUUGGGUUGGAAGGCAGCAUGAGAGCUGGAAAACAGGCAUGGAAAGGGUAUGUUGGUGGCACUGUGUGGCUGAUUUCGACAACUUCAGAGCCCUGGUCUUCCACUCCACAUUGUGUACAUCCAAGCUGGAACGGGCCACUGAAUUGUAGGGGACAUAGGUUGGUGCUAAGCUUGCACAUUCUACCAGCAACGUUAUCAGUGUCCCAUACUUGUGAACAACAGGAUUCUGCUAGUA